CGCUGCGCAGACACAGCGUAGAAGGAACAUCAAGGAGGGUAGACAAAAGCCACCGUCUGUAGCCUUUUCUUCGCUAGAGGCUUUGUACUUGAUGCUGCUCUAGGUGGCCGUACACAAAGGAUAACGGGAGAUAGAUUGGGUGGACGGGGACACAGCGAGAUUUGGAGGGAGAGGAAAGAAGGGGAGGGGGAUUUAAAGGGCAAGAAACGGAGGGAGAUUUAGAUAGAGCCUACAGAGUUGGAGCGAGGGAAUAGAGCCAGCGCAGAGCCAGGAGCAGACGAGGUGGAUGGGAGAGGAGAAGAGGAGAGGCAUUGACUGGAAGCGCACACAUGGUAGAGAAGGAACGCGGCUAUUUCAUGUGCUCGCCGUGCACGACUGAGGAGCGCGGGCUGAUUGUUAGUCAUCCGCUGCUCCGCGGCUAGAGGACACGCGAAGAAAGAAGACAGGCGGGCCGGGGGAACGUUGGGCUGUGUGCAGCAGAGGAUGAGCAGGCGAUGUGGGGCUCUCUCUCCGGCUGUGAUCGCUGUCCUCUGAUCUCGUAGCCACUUGCACCGGGUGGGCGCCGUCGCAGGCCGUUCGCCUCGCAGUUAGGCAGCAGCAGCAGCAGCAGUCAGAGUGAUCGAAGGAAGAAUGAGCUCCAAGCACUGCUCGGACUGGAUUCCCUACAGCACUUUAGACGAUGAAGGCACCAACCUCCGUCAACAGAAACUGGACAGACAGCGAGCGCUCCUUGAGCAGAAGCAGAAGAAGAAAAGGCAGGAGCCUCUGAUGGUGCAGUCUAACGUAGACGGGAGAUGUCGCACCCGCCGGACCAAACAGAGCGAGGAACAGGCCCCUCUGGUGGAAUCGUACCUCAGCAGCAACAGCAGCACCAACUACCACGUGCAAGAAGCUGAACAGGAGGAGGAGAGGGUGAUGGCCGACACACAGCCGCCUCGCUCGGCUAAAAAGGGAAGAGGAUCGGCCAGCUCCACUCCACAGACGGGCAGCGACAAGAAGGAGAGGAAGGGGAAGCACAAAGCAGCGACGGAUGGUCCGGCCUGCCAGCAGGACGAGAGUCCGAUCCAGAUCCUGACGGUGGGUCACCUCAGCGCAGAGGAGAGCGAGGCGGAGCCCGUGAUGAGCUGCACGCAGUCGCAGAGCAAGCAGGAUCUGCGUGUCACCAUGCUAAAGAAAGGUAUAUCCAGCAGUAUGAAUUUUGAUGAGGAAGAAGACGAUGACGAUGAAAUUAGUUCCAGCUCGUCACAGCUCAACAGCAACACGAGACCAGGUUCUGCCACCAGCAAGAAGUCCUGCAAGGAAGUGGCCUCGGCACCCACCCCACCAGUCAAUGAACCUGCCAUCGAUGUGGAUGACCUUGAGGAGUUUUCUCUGCGCCCUGCACCUCAGGGGGUCCGAGUGAAGUGCAGAAUCACCAGAGACAAGAAGGGCAUGGACAGAGGCAUGUAUCCCACCUACUACCUUCACCUGGAGAGAGAGGACGGGAAGAAGGUGUUCCUGUUGGCUGGCAGGAAAAGGAAAAAGAGUAAAACAUCCAAUUAUCUCAUCUCCAUCGAUCCGACUGAUCUGUCUCGAGGCGGAGAGAGCUUUAUCGGCAAACUGAGGUCCAACAUCAUGGGAACAAAGUUCACUGUAUAUGACAGCGGUCUGAACCCCAUGAAGAGCACAACCAGCCUUGAAGCUAGCAACCUGCGUCAAGAGCUAGCAGCCAUUUGCUACGAAACAAAUGUUUUAGGAUUCAAAGGACCACGCAAAAUGAGCGUCAUCAUUCCCGGAAUGAACAUGGACCAUGAGAGAGUGUCUAUUCGCCCACGAAAUGACCAUGAGUCACUCCUGGCCAAGUGGCAAAACAAGAACACAGAGUGCGUGAUUGAGCUUCACAACAAGACGCCUGUGUGGAACGAUGACACACAAUCAUAUGUGCUCAACUUUCACGGCAGAGUCACUCAGGCCUCUGUCAAGAAUUUCCAAAUCAUUCACGACAAUGACCCUGACUACAUUGUGAUGCAGUUUGGCCGUGUGGCAGAGGAUGUCUUCACCAUGGACUAUAACUACCCAAUGUGUGCCCUACAAGCCUUUGCCAUUGCGCUCUCCAGCUUCGACAGCAAGUUGGCCUGUGAAUAGAUGGCAGCCUGGUGGAACUGAUCCAUGUGUCCUCUCACACAGGGCUGGUAACGUAUCCUUGUGUGUGGUCGGACUUCUCCGAAGCGCUCAAGGUCAUGCUUCUUUGUGUGUGUAUGUGUGUGUGUGUGGGGGGGGG